AUGUCGAGUAGGAAGGACGUGGCCCCCGCCAUGGGAACAGAUAGGGUCCUCAAGAGACCCUCCUCAUCGUCAUCGUCGCCUAGCCAUGGCCACGGCCAUGCCCAUGGACAUUCUGCCCGUCAAGACCACCAUCAUAACUACACCCUCCACCAUAACACCACCAACCAUACCCAUGCCCAUACCCACACCCACACCCACCACCAUCAACAGCAGCAGCAGCAGCAGCGACAGCCGCCCAAGGACUCCCCCGUGAACAACAGCUCUGGACAGUCAAGCAGUUCCUCUCGCAGGUGA